AUACGUCAUCAUCAGGAGCCGGUAGUGAAACGCGCGGUAUUUUGAAUACAACGAAAAACAAACAGUCGCUAGCUUUAUUUUUGAUCUUCAAAACGGUAAACUAGCCCUUUCAAGCUACCAAAACAUGUCAAAGAAAGCUCCGAGAGCAGCCCUGAAGCUCCAUAUGAAGAAGAACACUAAUAUACGGAUAGGAAAAAACGCAGACUUGAUGGCCCAGCUCAACCUCCUAGUUGUCCUGCAUCGUCUAGCGGAGGAGUCUAGGGUGAAAGCCUUUGAGGAGAAAUCAGCAACCAUCAAAGUUCACCACGUCAGAGCUGUUGCGAAGAAACUGUUAAAGAGCACACGUGGAUAACAUGGAUGACGGGAGUUCCCCAUCACAACCCUUUAUUUGUUCAACAGCAUUGAUCCCAUUAACUAAAAUUUACUAAAAGACUUCAACUAUGUGUGAGCUAGCAUAGAGCCCAAAACGUAUAUGGACUGUCAAAGGUGAACAUUUUACUUUUAUUCAUUUAUUAGAACUUUUACAUGCACAAUGGAAUAUUUUGUUGCUUUGUCUCCGCAUCAGGCCCAUUAUUAGGCUGUGAUCCAUGAUUCAUUUCUCUUCAUGAUUGUUGAACUUUUGCUUCUAGUUUUGUGUAAAUUAUGUACGACGGUCAGUAUCUAGCCCAGAUAUCUAAAUCAACACAUGUGUCCCUCAUCUCAGUGGAUCGUAUUAUGACUUAAUACCUGUUAAUAAACAAUUUGUACUACUUAA